AUGGAGCGCAUUAAAGAAAAUUUGGGGAAAAAUAAACAAAAAAAGUCAACAGGUGGUAGGCGGAGAUCCAAAUCUUCUAACAUGAUAGAUUUCAAUCUGGCCGAUUCAGAGAAACAAAAAACACCCGAAAAUAAGAAAACAUUUUUACAACGGUCUUCAAGUUUCUUGAGCAAAUUAGGCAGAAGUUUGAGUCCUCGUGGAAGGGAUAAUGAUUUAAGGAGUUCUGGUAGUCCGAGUGCCGGUGAGCAAAGCUCUGGUGGUGGUAGCUCAUUGGAUUCGACAACAGUGAUAGCAAAUGCUUCAGCCGACCCUGAUUCUUGGCUCAACAAAAAUGAUUCUCCAAAUGUAAAAAAUAAUGGGGGCCUCAAAGCAGAAAGAUCGAGAUUGCUGUCUCCUAAAUUUUUUAAAAGCCACAAAUCAAAAUCCAGCAAGGCAGCAAGUAAAUCUCAGAAAAAUAAUGAAAUCGGUUAUGUGGAUUGCUCUGAUGAGUUGAAUGAAUUAAAAAUUUUCAAGUCGACCAGAAGUUAUUUUCCAUCUUUAAUAUCACCCCCAAGAGACGAUUUUGCAUUCCAAAACUCAGAUGAUAAUGAUGUCAUUCAAAAUGGGAAUUUGAUCAUGGAAAAUUUUGAUGGUUUACAAGAAGAUGUGAUAUGUAACAACAAUGCAGUGUUUCCAAUGGACGUUGAAGAGGAACCAGUAGAAUAUGAACAUUGCAAUGACCACAAGAUUGAUGCCAAUGUGGUUAUAAAAAAUCCAUCAUUCUCCGACCACCGACAGCCACAAACUUCAUUCAACAUCAACAGACAACCCACACCUAACAGCAAUAUCGUGUUCAGACACGUGAUUGGUGGCCGACUUAGCGACAUAUCUGAAGAGUCGUGCGUUAGCGAUGUGAGGAUGUCGUCAAAUCCUUCCAUGGAUGUCAUCAAAGAAGUCGAUGACAUCGGUUGGCAGGUACAGGAGGAAACACUUGUGCAGAAUGAUGUCGAUGACGAUGAUGAGGAUGAGGGUGAAGAAAGGAAACCUGCAUUAAAUAAAUAA